AUGUCCACCGUUCGGGUCUCUGACCUGGGGCUCAACUCCUCAGAGCAGCGGUUUCUCCAGGAACAAAUUGCAACUGCCGCAUCGCAACAGGGCAGUAGUUCUUCCCGCGCCGCUUCGAGAGCAUCCAGUCAAGGGCGAUUACUCCUGGAUCCCACCAGUUUACAGGCGCUCGGCGCCCACUUUGAUCGUUUGAUGUACUCGAUACAGCAACGAUGGCAAUACCUUACCCAGCAGACCCAGACGGCGACCCAGAUCCAAUAUGACCGUGCAGGCAACGCAAUGCAGAUGGCUGACGCUGAAAUCGCCCGCUUUCGAUCUAUACUUCGCGAGAUUGACGAGCUUCAAGUCGAGUUUGAUAAAGUACGCCGCAUCGGUGAGAUAGUCAAGGGCUUCAAAUCACGCGUUGACUAUCUGGACCGCCGUUUCUAG